AUGACAGUAAGACCACGAAAAGCGAGUGUUCACCUGGAGACUUUAGCUGGAAAUGGCCCGAAAGACAAUAAUAUUAUGAAAAUAAUGGAUAAAGACGUUCAAGUGAAAUAUCUUGUAACGAAUUUAAAAUACCAAAACAAUAAGGAGCAGAC